GACGUGCGGGAAGUCCUUCAAGCGCAGCAUGUCGCUGAAGGUGCACUCGCUGCAGCACUCCGGGGAGAAGCCCUUCCGCUGCGAGAACUGCAACGAGCGCUUCCAGUACAAGUACCAGCUGCGCUCCCACAUGAGCAUAACCACAUCGGACACAAGCAGUUCAUGUGCCAGUGUGCGGCAAGGACUUCAACAUGAAGCAGUACUUCGACGAGCACAUGAAGACGCACACAGGGGAGAAGCCGUACAUCUGCGAGAUCUGCGGCAAGAGCUUCACCAGCCGGCCCAACAUGAAGCGGCACCGGCGCACGCACACCGGCGAGAAGCCGUACCCGUGCGAGGGGUGCGGCCAGCGCUUCCCCGCUUCUCCAACAUGCUCAAGGCGCACCGCGAGAAGUGCUUCCGCCUCAGCCGCGCGCCCGGCCCCCGACGGCGGCCCCCCGCCUGACGCACGCA